GCUAUCUGGAGACGCCGUGCACUCGCUGCACUAAUGACACUUUAUGGUGUCCCACUAUACCAAGACCUUCGGACCCUUGUGAAGUUCCAAUAGCACCGGUGUCAGGGUUAUUCCACCAGGGACAGGGUUUAUAAACCGCCCCCAGAGAAGGAGAGCAUACUCCAGGGAAAGAGGUUAGGGUUCACACUGGGACUAAGACCCACAAGGAGCAGAGAGAUUCCACACACGUAGCACAGCAGCAGCAUGGGUGUCUGGGCCGCCACACUGGGAUGUCUCCUCCUCACACUACACGUGGUGUGUGUGUCGGGCGUGCGCUGGUGUGUGUUGUCGGAUGCGGAGAUGACUAAGUGCUUGGCCAUGUCAGAGGCCUUCUCCAGCGCCUCCAUUCGCCCCUCGCUACGCUGUGUCAGGCAAAGCGACAUCGCAGCAUGCGCACAGAGCCUCAGGAAUGGAGAGGUGGAUGCCUUCUCGGCGAGGGCUGCGGACAUCUACAGCUUUGGCAAACAGGGAGAUAUCAAGAUGGCCGCCGGCGAGUCUGGGAGCGACGGUGAGGGGGUGUCCUACUAUGCAGUUGCCGUGGUGAAGAAGAGCUCGCCCUCAAUAAAUGUGGACUCCCUGCAAGGGAGACGCUCGUGCCACACGGGAAUCGACCGGACUGCGGGAUGGAAGAUGCCCAUUGGCUACCUCGUACAGACAUCACGCCUCUCUGUUAUGGGCUGUGACAUCAAAACAGGAGUGUCUGAAUUCUUCAAUGGCAGCUGUGUGCCUGGAGCCGGUGUACCGUCUCUCUGUAGCCAGUGUGUGGGGGACGCUGACGGGAACCAUCGCUGUGAAUUCUCAAACAACGAGAGAUACUUCAGCUACAAUGGGGCCUUCAGGUGCUUAGUGGAGGAUGCGGGGGAAGUGGCUUUUGUGAAACACACCACAGUACAAGAGAACACAGAUGGUAGUGGUGAGUCCUGGGCUAGUGGCCUUCACUCUCAAGACUACCAGCUGCUGUGUCGUGACGGUUCUCGCGCGGAGGUGACAGACUACCGCCGCUGUCACCUGGUGCGUGUCCCCUCGCGAGGCAUCGUCAUCGGCAACCAGGUGGACGGACAGCAGGUCUACAGCAUGCUGGUGGAUGGACUGAAAAAGACCCAGUUCCCCAUGUUCCAGUCGCCUGCCGGUGAGAGUAAUCUGCUCUUCAGUGACUCCUCCAGCACCUUCGUCUCUGCUCAAGGCACACACACACAGUGGAUGGGCCAGAACUACCACGACACGAUGGCAGCCAUGGACUGCAACAGCGCAGAGCUACCUGAGUCUCUGCGCUGGUGUGUGUUGUCGGACGCGGAGCAGAAGAAGUGUGUUGCCAUGGCCACAGCGUUCAGCUCACGUGGUCUUACGCCUAAAGUGCAGUGUGCAUACGGAGACUCAGUCACACACUGCAUGAAGAUGAUACAGGCCAAAGAGGCAGAUGCCAUCACUCUGGAUGGAGGCGACAUCUUCACGGCAGGAAAGACCUACGGACUCAUACCCGCUGCAGCUGAGAGCUACGAUGGGGAGGCUGAUGGUGCGCUAUACUAUGCUGUGGCGGUGCUGAGGAAGAGUGACAACACGAUCCGGAAUCUGGCUGACCUCCGGUCCAAGCGCGGCUGUCACACGGGCCUCGGCCGCUCUGCCGGGUGGAACAUCCCCAUCGGAACAUUCAUCGAGAAGGGACUCAUACAACCGCAACACUGUCAAAUACAGGAGGGUGCAGCUGGGUUCUUGGGGCCGAGCUGUGUUCCUGGUGCGAGUGUGUCCUCCUUGUGUGAGGUGUGUAUCGGCGACGAGAACGGCAACAACAAGUGUGUGAAGGACAAAGAGCGCUUCGAGGGAUACACUGGAGCCUUCAGGUGUUUGGCUCAGGGUGCAGGAGAUGUGGCGUUUGUAAAGCACACUACAGUCUUCCAGAACACAGACGGUAACAACACGGAGAGUUGGGCGGCAAACCUGCAUAGUGAGGAGUUCCAGCUGUUGUGUCCCCAUGACGCCCGAGCAGGCGUCACCCAGUACCGCCACUGCAACCUGGCCAGGGUCCCCGCGCACGCCGUCAUGACACACACCGACACACACACACACUCCCUCUACGGCCUCCUGGACAAGGCACAGCGCUCUGGCGUGUUCAAAAUGUUUGAGUCCGCAUCGCAUGGUGGACGGGAUCUGAUCUUCAAAGACUCCACCCAGCGCAUCGUGGGCGUGGCCAACAGACGCACCUAUCAGGAGUGGCUUGGCCAGGAGUACAUGGACACACUGCUCGCCAUGGAGUGCACAUCCGCCGCCACCGCAGGCCAGUCUUUCUCCUCUCUGCUGGCGUUUGCGAUCCUGUCAUCCUUCUUGGCCGGCUGGUUGCAGUGAUGUCUGUCACCACCAGAGGUCACUGUGCUGCAGUGAUGUCUUGUGUCCACUAGAUGUCGCUGUGUCUCCAAUGUCCUGAUCUGCUCUCACAUGAUGAUUGUUCUGCACUUGCUCUGCUCUUAUGCUACUA